AGAAAACACAUCAGCAAGAAUCAAAAACUUCUCUUUGCUUUCGAUAAAAACCAAAAUGGCUCGUACCAAGCAGACGGCAAGAAAAUCCACCGGAGGAAAGGCCCCGAGGAAGCAACUCGCGACGAAGGCGGCGAGAAAAUCGGCUCCGGCGACCGGAGGAGUGAAGAAGCCCCACAGAUUCCGUCCCGGAACGGUGGCGCUAAGGGAGAUCAGGAAGUACCAGAAGAGCACCGAGCUUCUGAUCCGCAAGCUUCCCUUCCAGCGUCUGGUUCGCGAGAUCGCGCAGGAUUUUAAAACGGAUCUGCGUUUCCAGAGCAGCGCCGUCGCAGCUCUCCAGGAAGCGGCGGAGGCUUACCUCGUUGGGUUGUUCGAAGACACGAACCUUUGCGCGAUUCACGCAAAGAGAGUGACGAUCAUGCCUAAGGACAUCCAGCUUGCGAGGAGGAUCAGAGGCGAGAGAGCUUAAGGAGAAUGCAGUAGACUAGACUAAGAUCUAAUCGUUUCCGUUUUGUUUAUGUAUAUCUUUUGUUUUAAUGGUGUUCGAUGAAUUGCCUCAAUGAAUCAAUGAUCAAAUUCUAUCUUAUUUUCA